AUGAUAAAUGAUCACAGCGGUAAGACUGAUUCUGAGGAUGGCAACAAACAUUCAUAUUCCUGUAAAAGAUGCAGAAGACUAAAGAAGAAAUGUACAAGAACCAUACCGGAAUGUCAAAAUUGUGCUAAAGCUGGUGAAUCUUGUGAAUAUGUUCCCAGAGCUCCAAGAAGAAAGAAGUCUGAAAUAUUAAGAUCAUUACAAGAAGAGCGUCAAAAUGAACAAAAUAGAUCACCCUUAUCCUCUACUCCAGUUUUGAGGACACAGGAUUCAAAUUUGCAAUUUGCUUCAAACAAUUCGUUUCCAAAAAUCAACCCUUUACAAUCUUUAGGUGUUUCUCAGUUUUCCACUACAACAUCAUCUGUGAGAUCACUGGAACCAUUUGGAACUCAACAACCCCAAGCACAACAGAUCGGUAUUCUGGAAAAUAGUCCUAGAUCAUACAAUCUGGGAAGCUUACAAAACAGGCUACUUGCAUCUGUGCUAGGCAAUGGUGAUAUGGCAGAGGCCCCUACGAUGGUUACGCGUCCAAAUUUGGAGGUUUCAUUUAUGAUUGAAUUGAUUAAUAGAUUUUUCACAGAAAAUUACCAUUCAUAUCCCUUUUUAAAUCAAGCUGCUAUUAUCAAUUUCGUGAUGAGCUCAAAUAUAAAUAGAUUGGAUUCAUUGCCAGCAUCUGAUUCUUUUGAAAUAUUCAUGAUUAUGUUUAUUGGAUACUGUUCAUUGGAAAGAGUUGGUAAAAUUAAUACCGAUAUUCAUUUGAAGAAAUAUUUAAUUUCAAAAUCAAUUGAGCAAACUAAUGAUGUUAUCACUUUUGAUAAUAUUGAAUCUAUAAAGUUUUUGUUAUUAUUGGGUAUCUAUUCACUUUUUGAUACUGCUGGUUCCACAUCAUGGCAUAUUGCAGGGAACAUCAAUAGAUUGAUUUUAUCACUUGGAUUGAAUAGAAUUAAUGGGUUUAAAUCAAGAGAUUCAAAUAAUUAUGCUACAAGAGAUCGUGAACAAAGAUAUAGGGUGUUUUGGAGUGCUUAUAAUUUUGAUAGACUGGUUUCAAUUUCUCUUGGUCGUCCAUUUGGUAUCCAUGAUGAUGAUAUAAAUAUUCCAUUUCCGAAUAAAUUUGACCACGAAGAAAUUUAUGAUAUUGAACUAAUAACUGCAAUCAUUAGUUUAAGACAAAUAGAAGGUAAAAUCUUGAAAAACGUGCAUAGUGUCAAUUCAGGCCAUAAAGUUAAUGAUGAUGCUACAAAAUUGGAGAUUUUGAAAACCUUAAGAAUUGAGGUGGAGGAUUGGUUCAAUCUAACAAAUACUUUGACAAGUUAUAACCAUAGCAAAGAUUCAAUUUAUAAUGUCUCUUGGUUCACUUCUCAUUACUACCAAUUAACAAUGUUGCUUUAUAGACCAUCAUUCCUUAUACCAAAACCUUCCAAGGAAACAUUGUUGAUACUAGGGAAAUCUUGCUUACAAUGCUUGGCGUACACUUAUAAUUUACACACAAGUCACUUGUUACAACCUAAUUGGGUCACAGUCUAUAGAUUUUUAACCCAGUGUACCACAAUUGUAUAUUGUUUAUGCCAUUGGUGCAUUGACUUGGUUGAAUCAAAAACUGAAAUGAACUUAUGCAUUGAGAUAUUAGAAAGCUUUGGAGAUAGGUGGCCAGUUAGUGCAAAGUCUGCUCAAAUUUUCAAGGAAAUUAAUAGAUCUAUUUAUGAUGUUAAAGUCAAUCAAAAUUGGGAAUUACUUGGUGCUCAAGAGUUAACAAACAAGUUUUUUGAAGCUAGCAGAGCCUACCAUGAUGUACUAAGCAGUAAUAAUGUUGACAUCUGGUUUGAUGAUCCGGUUAUUGUCAUUUCUGAGCAGCAGCAACAACAAGAAUUUAUGAGACAACAAUACCCAGCACAGUAA